AUGGCCCAGGAUCCCUCCCCUCGUCCGAAGUCUCAAAGACUCGUCAAUCGUAUAAAAGCAGACCAGCCGUCGCAGUAUUUCCUCCAGUUCAAAAAGCAAGCCCGCAACAUAUCAAGCGUGAAUGAACUUCUACCUGGACUCAACGAUAUCUCGGAUGCAUUCGAGGCUAUGCCUCUAGAUAUGGUCAAGUACUUUACCUUAAUGAAAGAGAUCGAUGCGAAGUGCAUCAAGGCUAUUCCCAUGAUCAACAGAAACAUCGGUGACUACAUCGAGAAGUUGCACAGCACAGAGGAAACUUUUUCACGUGACGAUCAGAUGCAGCGGUUGCAACGGUUGCGAAAACACAUCCAUGAAGUGAUCCCCUGUUUGGAGGAGAAGAUGCAUGUUAGCUCUGUGGCAGUGGACAUCAUGGAAAAACACAUGUACAGGAUCAACAACGACUACAAGGUAAUUAUUGGCAACAAUGAGGUGCCGGAGUCGAUUCGGUUGGGUCCUCUAAAUCAUCGUGCCAUGGUUGUAGACCCCCUGGCGCCGCUUGAUGCGUCCAAAACUGCGCAGUCUCAGCGGUCAGAGAGCAGAAGGGAGGCCAUCGCUGCGAAGCGGGCCAAUAAAGAUGGCGAUGAUGAGGAUCUUCUGAAAAAACGCAGAAAUAAGGAAGUCACACCGCUGGAAACGGCCGCUUCGUCUUCUGCCGUUAACUCGGGCACCAACGGCGCUGGUUCAGCUACUGGUGGCAAAAGGCGCCGGAAAGAGACAGAAAAGGCAGCUGUGGCUCCACCUACUGACAAGAAACGUGCAGCUGUCAAGCCGAAAAAGGAGAAAGAUGAUGACCAGGGCUCUUCGAACAACAACUCGGGUGUUGAGCAAACAUACUGUUACUGUGACCAGGUCUCGUUUGGUGAGAUGGUGGGAUGUGAUGGCGAGACCUGUACUCGUGAAUGGUUCCAUCUUCCAUGUAUUGGGUUCAAAAACCCUCCCAAGGGUAAGUGGUAUUGUGACGACUGUCUUUUGAAGUUGAAGCGCGCGAAGAAAACUUAA